AUGAAGGCUCUAUCGGGCGGGCGGCCCAGCCAGCUCCAGAUCACCUCGGCUCACACCUGCGGCCUGGCCGACGGCGAACACUCCCUGGACCACCAUGACUCCCGCACCCCCUCUUACCUCCUCAGCCCCACAGAGAGCUGUCCCAUGGAGCACCACCGUCGCUGCUCUCCCCAUAGCUCCAUCCACUCCGAGUGCAUGGCGAUGCCCGUCUCCGUCUCCAUGGCCAACACAGAUCACUCCAUCUCCAGCAGCACCUUUCCCAGGAUGCAUUACAGUUCCCACCACGACGGUAGCGGGUCACGGGACAGUGGUGGUGGUGGAGGAGGUGGUGGGGGUGGAUCACGGGAUCGAGACGAGUGUGGCUCGUCACACGGCGGCAGCGGUAAGAUGAACAGAAUCCCGGCCAACCUGCUGGACCAGUUUGAGAAGCAACUUCCGUUACAUCGCGACGGCUUCCACACACUGCAGUACCAGAAGACGCAUACCACCACCACGGAGCAGCGCAACGAGAGCCCCGGGAGGAUCCGACACCUGGUCCACUCUGUCCAGAAGCUCUUCACCAAGUCACACUCCCUGGAGGGCUCGUCCAAGAUGAACGGCACCAAGGGGGACUCGCACCGGGAAGGCUCCCACCACCACCAUUCCAACCACCAUGGACACCACAAACACAGCAAGCGCAGCAAGAGCAAAGAGCGUAAGUCUUCAGACAGCAGCGGGAAGCAGCGCUCCGGGGUGGCGGGCUGGUGGAGCUCGGACGAUAACCUGGACAGUGACAGUACGUACCGGACGCCCAGCGUCAUGUCCCGCCAACAGGUGGACCACAUCAACCACUGCUACCCCGACUCUGUCCACAGCCACUACGGGGACCUGUCGCUCAAGACCUCCAAGAGCAACAACGAUGUGAAGUGUUCCGCGUGUGAGAGCGUGGCCAUGGCUCCUGAAGGGAAGUUCAUGAAGAGGAGCUCCUGGUCAACGCUGACUGUCAGCCAGGCCAAGGAGGCCUACAGGAAGUCUUCCCUAAACCUGGAGAAACCCAUGACGCCCACAGACCUCAAGCCCAACCUCAGGCCCUGCCACUAUCUACAGGUACCUCAGGAUGAGUGGAGUGGUUACCCAGGGGGAGGUAAGGACGAUGAGAUCCCCUGUCGGAGGAUGAGGAGCAGCAGUUACGUCAAAGCCAUGGGUGAUGAGGAGAGUGGAGAGUCUGACUCCAGCCCCAAGAUCCCCGUGAAGACGGUCCGGCCAGACGCCCUGGUCAAGUCUGUCAUGCAGAGACCACUCCUAGACUCCCAGAGCUCUUACCGGGUGGAUAAAAUGAACAGUGACGUGCGGAACUACAUCACCAAUUUUGCUGCAGACUUAAGUCAGAACUACCACUUGCAGGCCUCAAGAGACAUGCACCCCCACCACCACAGCAUGGCCCUGGAGCCCUCCACCAACUACAACUCCCAGCAGCCACCUCUCCCAGCAGCCCAGUUCCGCUCCAGGAACCAGAGCUACAUGCGGGCGGUCAGCACUCUCAGCCAGGCCAGCUGUGUUAGCCAGGUCAGCCAGGUGAGUGAGACAGAUAUAAACGGUCAGUUUGAGUCCGUAUGUGAGUCGGUGUUCAGUGAGGUGGAAUCCCAGGCUGUGGAGGCUCUGGACCUGCCCGGCUGUUUCCGGACACGGAGCCACAGCUACCUGAGGGCCAUCCAGGCUGGCUACUCCCAGGAUGAUGACUGCAUCCCCACCUUGACCUCCUCCACUGUCACCUCCACCAUCAGGUCCACCACAGGGAUCCAGUUCCGCCUUCCCUCUACCUGCACCAUUGAUCGGAUGACCCACGAAACCCCAGCGGUCACGUACACGAACAACUACAAGAAGACGACCCCUCCGCCGGUCCCACCCCGCUCCACCUCAGGCUCCAAGCCCCUCAUCUCCGUCACUGCCCAGAGCAGUACAGAGUCCACCCAGGACACGUACCAUGAGGGCAGGCACCCUCGAGGGUGGGGGGACGGGCUGGGCCUGAGCCUGAGCCUGGGCAGGGCCCUGUAUAACUCCACAGACAGCCUGGACAGUGCCAAGGCCGUGACCAUAGCCAUGGAGGCAGCUGGGCUGAGGUCUGGGAAGAGGCACCCGUCCACAGACCGUCACAGUCACAGCUCAGUGAUGACCUGUGAUAAAGCCAUCCUGGUGUCCAAGGCUGAGGAGUACCUCAAAACACCACGCUCCUCCAUAGGGAUACAGGUGGAAGCAGCCACCGACUCGGAGUCAGAAAGUAAAGGGUCGAAGGAAUACCAUUCUGUGGGGAUCCAGGUGGAAGCUGACAGACGAGGGCAGGGCAGGUUGAAGCGCUCCAACAGUGUAACAGCCUCUGUGCAGGCUGACAUGGAGAUGGAGGGGUUUCCCACCAUGGAGGACAAGGGCCUACAGUUUGGAGGGGGCUUCCUAGGGGGGCACUCUGAGCCCAGCACGCCCACCCAGUAUGGGGUGCGCACCGUCCGCACCCAGGGCCUCUUCAGCUACCGGGAGGACUACCGGACCCCUACGGAGCCCCCUUGCCCCCAGCAGACCUCCAACGAGACUACCUGGCAGCUAGAGCCCCCCUCCCCCAGGGAGCCAGCAGAGUCGUCUGGCGAGUCGGGCCGGACGUCCCCCGCCUUGCGGAGGGAUGGAAGCUGGUUCAUGCAGCUGCUCCACGCAGAGACCAAGAGGAUGGAGGGAUGGUGUAAAGAGAUGGAGGCAGAGGCGGAGGAGAACGACCUCUCUGAGGACAUCCUAGGUAAAAUCAGGAGUGGGGUGGGCAGUGCUCAGCUCCUUAUGUCUCAGAAAUUCCAGCAGUUUUACUGGUUGUGUCAGCAGAACCUGGACCCCAGUGCCAUGCCCCGCCCCACCUCUCAGGACCUGGCUGGAUUCUGGGACCUCCUGCAGCUGUCAAUCGAUGACGUCACCGCCAAGUUUGACGAGCUGCAGCAGAUAAAGAACAACGACUGGAGGCCCGUGGAGAAGAGCCCAGAGAAAAGGUUACCACCUGUCGCACCAAAGAAGUCCAUGAUCGGGAAGAGAGGCGUGACACGGGAGAAGUCUCUUGACCUUCCAGACCGCCACCGCCUGGAAGCACGCAGGAGGCUGAUGCAGGCCAAGCGGGCGGCUUCCUUCCGUCAGAACUCGGUGUCAGAGAGAGCAGACAGCAUCGAGAUCUACAUCCCUGAGGCCCAGACUCGCCUUUGAGAGGACUGGGACAGGGGUCACGGGUGAGGGGCGUCUCCCCCCUCAGACUACCCCUCAACUAGACUCUCCUUUAACUAGCCUUUUUUCUAGACUAUCUACUGUACACUUCCCUCCUUUAUCUGUCUCCUCAUGACUUCACUAUCAUCACCUUCGGAGUUCAUCUCCACUCCAGGCCUCACUGAGUAGGAUAUCACAAAACUCCUCUUCCAUCAACAGAUAUGUAUUAGUAGAUAUACACUGAGUAUACUAAACAUCAGGAACACCCCCCCUGCCGCUUUUCCCCUCAGAACAGCCUCAAUUCGUCGGGGCAUGGACUCUACAAGGUGUCGAUGUGUUCCACAGGGAUGCUGGCCCAUGUUGACUCCAAUGCUUCUCACAGUUGGCUGGAUGCCCUUUGGGUGGUGGACCAUUCUUGAUACACACAGGAAGCUGUUGAGUGUGAAAAACCAAGCAGCGUUGCAGUUGUUGACACAAACCGGUGUGCCUGGCACUUACUACCAUACUCCGUUCAAAGGCACUUAAAUGUUUUGUCUUGCACACUCACCCUCUGAAUGGCACGCAUACAAAAUCAUGUCUCAAAAGCUUAAAAAUCCUUCUUUAACCUGUCUCCUCCCCUUCAUCUAAACUGAUUUGAAGUAGAUUUAACAAGUUACAUCAAUUAGGGCUCAUAGCUUUCACCUGGACUCACCUGGUCAGUCUAUGUCAUGGAAAGGGCAUGUUUUGUAUACUCAGUGUAUAUCUAAGAAUUGGUUCAUCAUUGGUUCAUCUUCUCCUUGGUUUUCCCAUGAAAAAGUUUUUUGUUACUGGAAUAGUGUUACAUGAUAGAAUAGCCAUCCCCCAAAACUCUCAUUAAAUUAUUCUGGAAGGGUAUGUAUGUAUAUUUCAACAUUUGCAAAGUGCAAUUAAAAAAUGUAGCUUUGAAACCUACCAGCAACCGGAGAGAAUACAAACCCAGUUACGAAUUGAUGACCCCAUGAUGAGUCCAACUCUUGGUGGAAACCCCUACAAUUAUCCUACUGUUGUUUCCAAUUGUGUUCACAAGAUAACAAUCACAAAAUGAUUCAAGUGAACCUAUUUGAAAGUUUGAAAUACCUCAACUGUACAUGCCGCACUGUAGCUUCUGACCAAGAGGCAGGUGGGUCAUCCCUUCUGAAAUGUUUAUUUUAUGCACUCACAGUAAGCUCUGGUUAUGUUAAAGUCGUCAAAGUUGGAAAAUUCAGCUUUCUACACAGUCAGGUAAAGGUCAAGGGUCAUGGUAAAAAAAAAAGUGAUUUAAAAAUGUCUAAAUCAUUCUCAUUACCUUUCUCCAUUCCACACUAUACUCUACAUUUUCCUAUACUAUUGACAUUUCACAUGCAAUGACAUUUACUUGAAGCAGACAACAUGUAAUACUUUUUUUUCAGAAAAAUAUUUUACAUCAUUUCAUUGCAGUGGAAAAAAUGCUAUGGAAGGUUUGCGUAGCUCUUUAAAUCAAAUAUACGGAAAAUAAUGCACUUUUGCACUUAUCAUUCUCUGUAUUUCCAAGGGAAAUGUAAAAACAAAGUUCACAACAGUAUUGUUGUAUUUGAAUUGUAAGAGAGGAAAUUAAUAUUCUUAAUCACGUGGUUGAUUUUUCACCUCAAUCUCUCCAUGCCUUCCUACAUAUCGUGUUGUAUCAAAGUAGUGCUGUCAUUUCUGCAAACAUCUAGCCCAUCUCCUACCCUUGCUGCCAACCCAGGAAUAACAGUGUCUGUUCAAACAACACAUAAGUUACAUUGUUUCAUUGAUUAGAACGCAGCUUGCACAAUCUUGGAGAACGUUUCUAUUGUCGAUUACCUACCAGACAAGUGCAGUGUGUGAAAAGUAUUUGUACCUUUUCUAGGAACCGCUACAAGGUAAUACUGUGAAACAGUCCCAGAGGGAAGAGGUAUGAAGGAAGAAACCUCUCCAGGAUUUGAUUUAGUGACUAAUGCUUUUUGAUACCGGCUGAUAACAAAGACAUGAAAAAUGUGACGUUGUAGAGAUGGACUUGUUCUCUUGUGUGUGGAUGGCACUGCAGGGAAUAUGAGUCAUUGGAACACUGGGGUUAUUUUCCCCUCACACAGCUCAGACAUGUACUCCAGAGGCCUACUGUGAUGUAGAAGUGGAGGGGACUGUAUAGUGCCUGGGUCACAGUAACACAGUGAAUGGUAGUGACCAGGGUUUGGAUCAGUUCCCGUAAGAGGCUAGAGGAGGCCUGAAAAGCCCUGGGACUAGAGUUGUUGGGGUGAGGGAUGAGGUGUGUUGAUUUGAGGGGCACUUCUCUUCUCUACUGAAUCUGACUAAUACUGUGCACUGUAGUGGAGUAUAAACUCGAUUACCCCUCGUGAUGACAGGCUAUCACAUACUUGACAAACCUUGAAACCCCUCUGCUGUUGUAGGAUAUGUUAAAAGGUGAUAUUACACUGAUAGCCACGAGGCUAGUCAGCAUCAGCAUUGCCAAUCCUAUUGUAGCUGAGUUAUCUAAUGUUAUCUAAGACUGCAGACAUCAGGACAGGCUGAUUCUGCUGCAGACUGGUGUCUAUUUUUACUAAUAGACUGGAAUUGAUUUCAUAGGUUAUAUUUUGGGGUAAUGAGCCAAGUCACUGGUGCUACUUUUUGCUCAAUCGAUCCAGUACUGGGUAAACAAUCAAUGCAACACUUACAGUAGCACUCUCAUCUAAUUGAUACGGCUCUAAACUAUCUAUUUUUGGGACUGAGAAAAUGAUGAUUGUUUAUUUUUGCUAGUAGGCUGCCUACGCCUGGCUUCUAUUGUAACUGGUGCAGAGAGAAAGAGACUUGUCUUGCUGCAGUCAGAGCACUGUACCUUUCAGCGGUCUGGAGUCACUUUGUGUCCUGUUUGUGUUGAAGGAACAGUCUUGUUGUGGCACUUUGUUGACAGCUUCAGGAACAGUGUGACUGGAAGGUCACCAUGCCUCCGAGUCCACUCGCCAAUCGCGCCACAGAGACAUGACCCCACCGUCACCUUCUCAGUGGCCCAACAGUCACUAUGUGUCAUCUGUAUGUCAUCCUUACAUUGCUAGAAGAUACUGUUUUGAUAGCCUUGUCCUGGGGGUCAGUUCAAUUAUAGAUGUUUGGAAACGACAUAAAAAAUGCACAUUUUAGAGGACAUUUUGAAAUGUUUUGCAUUUUCUUUUGAUCAUUUUAUCUUUACCUCAUAUUUUAUAAAAAUGAUUUAUGUCUUCCAUGGCUUCAUUUUCUAUCAUGACUAGUUAGGGUGGAUGAAACGAGUGUGAGUGUAGAAACAUUCCCUUCCCCGGGGAGUGAAGAUCUGGCUGCUGUCUGCAUACAUCUAUCUCAGUGAUGUCAUUUCGUUGGAGGGAGGGAACCAACCUAGCCAAAAUGACAGGGUAUAGUAGCUGUAGUGCACCGUUAUCUGUCGUGCAGGAAGCCAGGAUCUGUGUUGGCAGGUUAGCGAUGUUCCCCUGCUGUUCCUACUUCCUACAGUUUUACACAGACAGACGCGCAGCAGUGGCAGAGAAAGACUCACACUGACACAUGCUGACUUAGGGGAGGCUGGGAUCUCUGCUUUGAGGUGUACUUGGUGUUGUUCCAUGCUGCAGUAGUUCUGUAGGUGGAUGGAGAUGGUAGCUGUGAUGGAAGUUGUGAUGGGGUUUUCUCAUAUACCCCAGUGUGCUGGUUACAGAAAGGGGGCUUAAUUAAGUGUCAUCCCUUUAAGGUCCUUGGAAAGAGCUACCAGACUGCCUCAAAGGCCCUUGAAAGCAAAAGUGCUGAUGGUUGUACUGUACUGCCUCUACUGUUGAGGAUAACAUGGUAAAUCACAGCAGUAUGUGGGUUACAUAGAUCUGGUUCGUCUCUAUAUCAGCCCUGGCAUCCCUGGAGGAUACACUCUGAUAUCCUCGCUGCUUCUUUUACUGUGUGUCAUUGAAAUGACAGAGGUGUGUGUGUGUGUGUGUGUGUGUGUGUGUGUGUGUGUGUGUGUGUGUGUGUGUGUGUGUGUGUGUGUGUGUGUGUGUGUGUGUGUGUGUGUGUGUGUGUGUGUGUGUGUGUGUGUGUAUUUUUAUGCAAAUUCGUCAGGGUUGGUGUGCAAGCAAGCAUGUGAGUUUGCUUCUAUGAGUGUGUGCCAAAUAUUUUAAAUUCUCUUCUCUUCCUCUAUUGUUUGCCUUAGUGAGACAGCUGUCCACUACUUUGGCUCAUAUUUCAGACGUAUUGUCUCCUCUACAGUACCAUUUCCAAUUGGAUUCCAUCCAGAUAACCCUAAAUGCUCAUUCAUAGCAGCAUUAUGAAUGGUGACAUGAUGGCCUAAGGAAUGGCAAGUAGCCCAGGUAGAGAGCCAGCAACUCUGAUUGAAAGUUCAGAUUCAAUCUAUACACCAUGGCUUUAGCAGCAUAUUCAUGCAUAGCUUAGCUUCUUUUUUUUCAAUGCUUUUAUGUCUGUGUGAUGAAUAUUUGACAGGUCGAGGGGAAAUUAAAAAGUGGAAUACACAAUUUUACAUAGAGGAUCGGAGGAGUUUAUAGUGGAUGUUCAGUAUUGAAAAGCAGGAUGCUUUUUUUUACUACCCUUCCAUUUAUGAGAGUAAUUCUGUACUCUGCAUUUGAAUUACUCACUAUAAUGUUCCAUUUGAUACAUACCAGUGCCAUUUAUAGAAUAACAAAUUGUGCUAUAAAAAUGUAUCUAUCCUGCCACAGACAACCAUCAGUUCUCCACUGUUGGUAAAACUAGAUACUUUCAGGAUACUCUGCCCUUUUCUGAGCCCACCAUUACAUAGCUGUCAUCAAAGGGUUGUAUUGCUGUUUAUCUGCCUGCUUUUGCUGUUCUUCGCUUGUAAGUACAACUCACAGUGCCAUUUGAGUCCUUUAGAUGGCGCUCAACUUAUUUUUUAUGUGUAAAAAAAAAAAAAAAAAUGACAUGGCGAUUUCUAAUAUUUUUUCCACUUGAUUUGUUACCCAUGAUCUUUUCCAUGACCACAUAUUGUUUCUGUAUGUCCUAAUGUGUCAUGACAGUAACUCUUGCAGAAUACACAUGGACACCAGAGGGUGUUUGUGUGUCAUUUAAAACCAGGCAGUUAUAAUACCAGGCUAUAAUGUCCAUGGGAUAUUGUGUCAGCUUUUGUGGUUAUAGGGGUUUUGUGCGAGGUGUAAAAGGCCAACUAAUUGGGCAUGAAUUGUCUGGAAAAUAAAGUCACUGGUAGAUGUAGUUUGUUUUACUUUUUAUUUUGAUUUAUCGUCUUCACAUAAAGCCGACUGAAACUGGUACCACAGAUAAACAUAGUAUUUAGUUUAGCUUCAUUCUAAUGAAGGCAGCAGAAAAAUAAUGCCAUAUUCGUUGAUUAGGCAAAUGUGGAACUGCCAACUUCUGUAGUUCGCCACUCUUCUAUCACAUGCUGUGAUGUUUAUUGUUCAUUCGCAACAAUCACAUGUCCUUGUUUCUCCCAAAAAUGAUGGAUUGGGGUCUAGGACAGUUCCUCUUCAUCGAUGGCCACACUACAUGUUUGUUUGUCUAUCUGCUUUUAGUAAAUAUGAAAUCUUUUGACGGGACUUUUUCUUGAAAAUAUUGACAUUGUAGAGAACCAUCAAGAUAGACUUUUACACCACUUCCUUGGUCUCGGAAUGUGAAAUGACUCAAAUUACUAGACAAAUUAAAAAGGUAGUUGUUUAGCGAAAACUAUUUUCAUCUCUUGUAUAUCAUAUCUAUAGUGAGGAUGAAUAUAAUGCCAAAUAUUCAUUAUUUGUAAAUAAAUAUAUAUAAAUAUAUUAAUAUAUAAUAUAUGCCUCAUUGAAACUGCUUUUAUUAAUUUUCUGCUUUUAUUGAUGUUUUGUUAUCAAUUUGUUCCUUUGUUCUGGUUAUUUUUGAUAAGCUGUUAUGAUGGCAUGCAAAAUACUGAUACGGAAUGUAUAAUUUGUUUAUUCAUUGUCUUUUAGUUAAUACUGUUACAUUUAUAAAUUAAUUAUUCACCUGUUUAUCAAAGAUGCAUUUAUAUAUGUUUUAUAAAUUAUAGUGUUUACUGAUUUUCUCACUGUAUUUUUUUCUGUUAUUUUAAACACAUCACUGUAGUUCUGUAUUUUACACAUUUUUUUGAAUUAACUCUUUGAAGAUUUUGCCUCUUAAAAGCAGUUUAAUCAUUGCCGAUAUCAUCUGAUGUAAAUACUUCUGCAAUUAAAUUUUUUGAU